AAAACAGCUCAGAAAUAGAGGCCAGUUUGCACAGUGAGGAGUGAGAAGAUAACGGCUCCUAUGAUACACGUUUCUAAAUUCAUUAUGAAGAACCUCCACACCUUCAUCCUCUGCUUCAUCACAGUGAGGACUUUGGCCACUAAAACGGUGACUGCAUACACAGGGGGAGGAAUCAUCCUGAAGUGCAGGUAUGAAGAUAAACUCAAACACAAAACAAAAUCCUUCUGUAAGAUGGAAACAGAGCAGAGUUGUAUGGAUCAAAUAAAAACAGAAGCACACAAGGAAUGGACCCAUAAGGACAGGUUCUCAAUACAAGACACCAGAAGAGCAGAAUACUUUAGCGUGAUGAUCAGAGAGCUGACUGUGGAGGACACUGGAACAUACAGAUGUGUUCUCAACUCUGAUGAAACAUCCAUCUACACUGUGAUAAGGCUGAAUGUCAUUGAAGACCUCUCCUAUGACAGAGCCAUCAGUAAGACUGUCCUUGUAGGAGGAGAUAUGACCAUCCGCUGUAGAUACCCAAACUCCUACAGGAGUGAGCCCAAGUUUUUCUGCAGGAUGCUGCAGAAUGGAGUUUGUACUUAUAAAACAUCUCUUAAAAAAGGCAGAAAUGCUGUAGAAGAGGGGAAAAUCUCUCAGCAUGAUGACCAAGCAAAGCAAGUGUUCACUGUGAGCAUAAAGCACAUGAGCAAGCGGGACUCGGGUAAAUACUGGUGUGGAGUUGAAGCAGCUGAGGAAUCUGAACCUGGAUACAAGGUCUACAUCACACACAUCGAUGUGAUGGUCACCGAGCCACAUCUUACUGCUUCACAGCGACCUUCAUCCUUGUUAUCAACAAGCACAUAUUUACUUCCCAAAAAUUCAAACAAAACUUCAACAACUCAUCCUUCACCAACUUCUCUUCUGACCGGUUUCAUCAGCGUAUCUGUAAUCCUGGCAGUGCUUCUGGUUUUUCUCAUCUCAUUCCUCACUUUGACUUCUGUCAGAAGUACGUCACCUAUUCUCCCAGUUCCAAGAACCAUCCAUGAGGUUCCCUCUGCUGGCACCAGACGCAUUUCUAACCAACUUUUCUCCACUGUUCAAUUACCCACAAUCCCUAUUGAUUCUUCACAUGCUGUCUAUGCAAACACUCAGGGUUGGUGAAAGUCCAACAUAUUCAGCAGUGGGUUUUCAGCUCUAAAGAAGCAACUCCAACAGCCAUCUACAAGACCGAGUGUGAACAUGCUGCUGUUAAUGUCACAGAGUUUAGAUAAUUCAUUCAUCGUGUGUGUUUAAUCUAGUUGAGGUGUUAUUACAGCUACUGCAUCUUUGCAUUUGAGCUUGAUGUGUAAGACUUUAAUAAAAUCAUUUUGUAUGAGUUACAUACAAACAGUCUUCUUCCCUGAAAUAAAAAAAUCAUGUGAAAAUCAUGAAAUCACAUGGCCCACAUGUGAAACACCUACUGUGUGAAGAUGUGUGAUGUAUAUACUUCCUGUGAAAAAUGUUUGAAAAUUAUAGCAUUUAAGAUCCAUGUUUGUUGUCACAAAUGAAAACUUACUUUUACAUUUCCUAAUUUUGGUAAAUAAAAGAAGACCUCCUGUAAGUUUUACAGGUUAUUGGAAUCCUCCAUUUUGGGUCAACAAUAUCUUAACUAAACGCAUUAAAGUAAAAUAUUCUGAUGUGGUUUAUUGAAACUGUUCAAAAUUAUUCUCCAUCUAGCCACUGUCCUGUAUUUGUACAUGUGAAUGCAUUGUGUGCCUUCAGGGCAUCUGUAGUUGCAUGGAUAUUGGGGGUAUGUGCAUGAUAAAAAUAAAGGAGUUACGCUG